AGCAGACGUUACCGCGUGUGCGAGUGUGAUAAUGUGAUGUGGGAUGUAGGAGGUGUUUUUGUGGUUGUGUCCAGCAUUGUUUGUAUUUGAUAUCACUUCAUCGUGAUAAUAAAAUUGCCGAGCGGAUGAUAGCUACUGAGAAAGUAAACAAGACUUCCUAUUGUGUGAUAUGGAACAAAGACUAGACGCUAAACAUGGGGUAAACAAAUGUAUCCUGCAAUGAAAAACGUCAACCAGAAGAGGAACAAUACUCGAAAUGAUUUUAAAGCUCGUGUUCUGAAUGACUGUGUGAAAUAUGUUGAAGAAAGAACUUUUGUCUGUCAUCCAGGAAGGACAGACAAAGCACAUUUUUAUUCUUCUAGGCCUAAACAUCAUAUGCUAUUGUGUUCUCCUGUCAUGGUGCUCAAGUACUCAGAGCAUGGCUUUGUUGGCCUACACUUACACAAUGGGAUUUAAUAUAUUAAGCUUGAUAAUAUGCAUUCUAUCAGUUUGGGUAAAGAAACAAAAACCGUCUCCAUUGUACAGUUUUGGAUAUGAGAGAUUUGAGGUACUUGCUGUUUUUGGAAGCACUGUUUUGGCACAAUUGGCUUCAGUGUUCAUCAUCAAAGAAAGCAUUGAGCGGCUUAUCCUUGAACAAACACAGAUACAUACAGGACGGCUCCUUGUAGGAAUGGGACUUGCUUUCCUAAUUCAUCUUCUGGUGAUCUAUGGUGUAAGCAAUGCUGCUUUAGAACAUGUAAUCGCUGCCUCAUCCUCAAGCUGGUUGCAGGAGCAUGUUUCUGACAUAAGUCAGAGUGUGUGCUCGUUUAUACCAGCUCUAAGCAGUCUGUUGCUGCCUCGAAUUAACCCCAUGGUACUAAUAGCAUCUACAGGAGCAUUGCUCAUAUUUUUCACUGACCUGUUAAUAGAAAUGAGGAACUAUCAUAUGGCAGACACAUUUGCUGCCAUACUAAUAGCAGUCAUGAUGUGUGCAACUAUGUUGCCUAUGAGUGUCUAUACUGGGAAAGUGCUUUUGCAGACAACACCUUCACAUGUGAUUGGGCAGCUUGACAAAUGCCUUAGAGAGUCCUUAACCAUCGAUGGUGUGCUUGAAUUUCGAAAUGAACAUUUCUGGACACUUUCAUUUGGAAAAAUGGCAGGAUCUCUUCAUGUGCGUGUUCGGCGUGAUGCAGAUGAACAACUAGUGCUCGCUCACAUUGUGGACAAAUUAUCAAAUGUGGUAUCGGAAUUAACAGUGCAAGUAUUUAAGGAUGAAUGGACCUUAAGAAGAGGUGUGAAUAAUAUUGCUCCAUUACUAUCCAUGCCAAACAGUGUGCCGCAACCAUUUCAUUUAAAUGAUGUCAGUUAUAGUCGGACUAACUCUGCAGUCAAUGGCAAAAAUGCACGUGUGCCUCAUGGUAACUGGGUAGAUGCUACUGCUCUUCCACAUUCCGGUAACAAUUAUUCUGCAAGGUUACUCAUCCCUCAUGGUGCUACUGCCCAGACCGUUAAGUCAUCAGUUCCAGUGGGAAAGAUUGACAGUUGGAGUAACAUGGGAAAUACAACUAAUGUGGCUUCAAAUUACAAUAUGAACAUUGUCCCAGCUACUCAGGCAGUGCAGCGAACAGAGAGGCAAACAAGUUUCAAUACAUAUGAAUCUAAUUAUGUGAGUCAUUCACUUCCAUUGACAAAUAGUUCAUCAUUUCAAAGUGUGGAUCAAACAAGCAACCCUUUUGGCACGCUAGUUGGAACUACUGUUGAAAUAAAUCAUUCACCACAUAAAAACAACCCAUUCUUACAAGAGAUUCCUGUGUCAAUGGUAACAAACCCUCAAAAUGUUAGAAACAAUAAUCUCCUCCUAUCAGGAACUAAUAUGUUAGAUUCUGAUAAAUUUGUGUAUCGUCCGCACUGAAAACGUGUUUUAUGGCUGUGAAUUAUUAAGGACUUCAACACUUACUGUUAUAUUCAAGAAAAUGAUUACUCGAACAUAUAAUAUUUAUUUAUAACUGUAAGUUUUUCUGCAAGAAAUUACAGAUGUCAGUUUUAAAAAAUCUAUUAAUAUUGUUGAGUGUUUCCUACCAGUAUUUUUAUGACAAAGUUUAAUGCUAUCUAGCAGUUUUAAUUGAAAUUUGUGAUUAACUUUGCUGAUUCCAUGUUUUUUGUAAUCAUUGUAAUGGUGGCAUGUUUUUCAACCUAUAAUAAACUAAAUAAUAAAGACUGGAUUACAAUUUAUAGUACAAUAAAUAUUGUUUACCAUUUUACAGUUGAAGACUUUCAAGCUUAGAAGUAAAGAAGUUUAAAAUUAUAUUUUAGCCAUAUUUUUCUAUUUCUGUUGUAAAUGUGAUGGCUACUGAAUAGAAUUUACAAAACUGAAACAAAAACUUUUUUCUCUGUUUUUAAGGCUGCAAGUGUUUAAAGGAAAGGGCAACUGGUACUGUUCUGUGUGUUACCAUUCAAUUUUCUAGACAGUAGGGAUGUAGAUGAUACGAAUUACAUUUGUCAGUUAAAAAAUUUGGAAGAUGUCAGUUGAGAAGAAAGAAAAAGUGAACCUUGUGGCUUGUUGGUCUUUGGUUGCUACAUUGUUAAUUGAUGGUAUGAAUGAAUAUGUGCAUCACAUAGGGAUUAAAAUAUUUCUCUUACCUUUAUAAUAUAAUAAAGUAAUGUAAAAUUCCAGAUCAAUGUGAAAUAAGGAGUAAAAGUGCUAUUCAUUUGGGUGAGUAGAAGUCUGUGCUCCAGUCCUUUACAUGUUUGUGUUUAUCAUCUGCGACUUAUCAAAGAAAUAUACUGUCCUUUUUAAUAUUAAAAAAUGGAAAUUAAAAUUAUUUUCAUA